UUAAGAUAUGAGAUGUGAAGACUUAUUUGAAAGCUCUCGAUUCUCGGCCCCUUUGACUGAAAUAAACAUUAGUUCGCUUAUUAAUUAGUUCUAAUAGUUUUGUGAUUGCUAGUAUAGCAAGGAAGACCAGAAACAACACGACUUGUCGUCGAAUUAUAUCUGUAAACCGAAAACGAUUGGGUUCGAACGGUUCUAGGUUAAGACCAGGUGGUCAGAACUGAAUAUGUCUCUAAGCUACAAUUAUCUUUAAUACGAGUUCUUAACGUCUAAACCAAUACCAGCAAUAAAGCACUUAGAUACUUAUUUCCUAAGUCAGAUAUCUUGACCUUUUCAAUUAGAAGUCGGCUGAGAAGGUUACGGUGUUACAUUUAGAGGCACGAAUAUAAGGCAAGAUGGCUUUACUUGAGAAGCAAUGGCUGUUGCUAUCGUUAGGGAUAUUUCUUGCACACGCUCGGCCGAAAGUACCCGAUUACAGUGACGAUGUACCCGAACUGUACGAGGGAGACAUGGCACUAACUAAACAACAGGUCAAAAUUCUUAAGCCGUCACGGCUAACCUUCAACAAAGCAGCGGACUUGAAUCAAGAGGCUCAAACGAGAGGCGCCAUAGAGAACGUGCGUCAACUCUGGCCAGACGGAAUCAUCCCAUUUGAAAUAAGUUCACAGAUUGACGCUAGAGGAAGGCAACUGAUUAGAAACUCGAUGAAAGAUUGGAUGGAUCAUGUUCCCUGUAUUCGAUUUAAACAGAGAGAGCAAGAGAAAGGAUACAUCGAGUUUGUUUACAAGGAGGGCUGCUGGUCGUAUGUUGGUCGUAUUGGUGGACGUCAAGAAGUCUCUAUUGGACGGUUCACGGAGGAUCCUCCUUGUGUACAAGGAGCAAUCACUCACGAGUUAGGACACGCCAUCGGAUUUUUCCAUGAACAGAAUCGACCUGACAGGGAUCAUUACGUCAAAAUCAACUGGCAGAACAUCGUCAGUGGGUCAGACAGAAACUUUGAAGAAGCUAAAGAUAGUAUGAUAGACAGUCGAGGUCAGCCAUAUGACUACGGAUCCAUCAUGCACUAUUCCAAGUACUCAGGGAAUAAUCGUCCUGGACUUAUAACGAUAAAGGCUAAGGAUCCUACAGCAGAAAUUGGUCAGCGUAAAAGCCCUAGUAAAGGAGACAUAACGCAAGCUCGGCUUAUGUAUGGCUGUGGCGGAACCAAAGCUGGAGACAAAAAGCCAGAAAACAAGCCCCCCGGACCUGAGCCAGCGGCACCUCUAUAUCCACCUCCUGGCCCUGGCCCUCUCCGACCUGGUUAG